AUGGUUAAGGACGUACCUACAGCACUUGACGACGAUGCGACCAAUGCCGCGGGAUCGAGCUCAUCUUUGAUCGGGGCCACUACCGCUGGCGGACGCUCCUUAGUGUACCAACUGACAUCUUUCUAUUUGCGUACCCCACUCAAGCUGUUUCGACCUGCCAGGUUCGACUAUUUACAUUAUUUGCGAGUGUUGUUGGUGGGCGACGAUAAGGCGGUCGCUGCCGAUCAAAAAAUAACACACGCCAAGGCUAUGAGAAAAUCUCAAUUUUGGAACCCGCGCUAUCUGUAUUACUUGGAAAAUUCUUCAAUUGGACUUCUGUCGAAGGGUUUGAACAAAUACGGCUGGAGAGUCAUUCCAGAAAGAGUUUUGCCUCCUUUGAUCGCAAACUCUGCAGCCGGUGUGGUGCUGUACACUACAUACCUUACAACCCUAACACAUUUUUCCAAGUCAAGUGACAAUAACAUCCCAACUUGCCACAGUCCCUGGGACGUUAUGAGAGCAGGGUUUAUUGCAGGUGCAGCACAAGCGAUUGCGUCAGCUCCGAUCGAUGCGAUAUAUACCAGGUCUAGUGCAGAACAGUUGCUCACGCAUGCCAAGAACUACGACAACCUUUGGAUAUACGGUCUUAGAAAGCUACAGGAAAUAGGCCUGGUUGGUUGUUUCGGAGGAUUCGGCCUUUCAUUGGUUAAAGAGUGCGCUGGAUUCGCUACUUAUUUCACCGUUUUUGAGCUUUUAAAGGGUCACGUUUGUGAGUGGGCUAUCGAGUCGGUUAAACAGUAUCGCGAGCUAAAAUUUCAAUUAAGGGAAAGCCGGCUGGCCAAGAUGUUCCAAGUCACCACAGAGGAUGAUCAAGAUCGCCAGCUCACUCAUCCAACCUCGUUUAUGAGUUUGCGCGAGGAAAAUUGGUUCCACAAGAUUUUCGUCUUUGUCGGCGGUGUAUCGGCUGCAUUACUUUUACAAGUUAUUCACUAUCCGUUCCUAAAGCUACAAAAAAUCCACCUCUCGCGGCUGGAGGCUUUCGAUAUCUAUACCAAGGCAGCUGCCAAUUCUCAAAAGAAUGGCAAUGUGCAAUGGAAGCCAGAACCGGAACUUGAUAACAUCAAGAUCAAACUGAAGCCAAGAAAUAAGCGACUCUUCCAUAUUUACUACCAUUCUUACCUAGACACCUUCCAGCACGUCUACUUCAUCCAAAAAAGUACUGGCUCCACUUGUCGAUGGCUUUAUAAAGGAUUCAUCAGAAAUACGCUGGCAAUUAUCCCGGGAACCACUGCUGGUUUACUGUUUCUAGAGGUCAUGAGGAACAAGCUGGGCGAGGCUUCUCUUGAUACUCCGACACAUCAGUUUAAGUCGCCGUUUCAAUCAUUUUAA